CGCUAUGUCAUAAACAUCAUAUGACACGGUUCCGGAAUAACGUUUGAAGAAGCGAUGGUCGUCUUUAUAGUGUGUGUGUAGUGAGAACGUCUGUGGAUCUUCAGAUAUCCAUACAAAGAACUUCCAAGAACCAAAGGACACCAUCAGUAUGGGUUUAUUUCCGUACUUGGGUUUGAUUUGGAUGUUCCUGCAGGCUUCUGCCUUGCAAUCAGAGAUGCGGAUCAAGCCACUGAUUUAUGAUGAGCAGUUGCUGUGGGUGAGCGAAGGACCGGGAGAAGUGAGCACGUAUCGCAUCCCUUUGCUGACGUUCACGCCUCGAGGCAGCCUGCUGGCCUUCACCGAGGCCAGAAAAACCUCGUGGUGCGACAUUGGCGCAAAGUUCAUCGCAAUGAAACGCUCUGAAAAUAGGGGAGCUACCUGGUCUCCAACCUCCUUCAUAGUGGAUGAUGGCAGUCUGGCGGAUGGCUUGAACCUUGGCUCGGUUGUAGUGGAUCAGCAAACAGACUCUGUGAUGCUGAUCUACACUCUGUGCUUUCACCAGUACCAGUGCAGCCCAUCCAGCACCAUGUUAGUGGAGAGUCUGGAUGAUGGGCUCUCCUGGAGCACUCCUCGCAAUCUCUCUGUCCAGCUCGGGGUGAAGAGCUUUGCACCUGGGCCGGGAUUUGGCAUUCAGAAACGCUUGAGUCCAGCAGCAGGCCGUUUGGUGGUGUGCGGUCACGGCACCAUCGAGGGCGACGGGGUUUUCUGCAUCCUGAGUGACGAUCACGGGCGCACAUGGAGGAACGGAGGCUCUCUAAAGAGCAUUCCUUAUAACCAGCCCAAACUGAGCCAGGACUUUAACCCUGAUGAGUGUCAGCCGGUGGAGCUGCAGGACGGCAGCAUCAUGAUCAACAUACGGAACCAGAACAACUACCACUGCCACUGCAGGAUGGUGGUGCGGAGUCUGGACGGAGGAGAAACUCUGCCUAUAGAGGAGCUGAGGUUUGACCAGACGCUGGUGGAUCCCGUGGUGGCGGCUGGAGCUCUGCAGAAGGACAAUGUGCUGUUCUUUAGCAACCCAGCCAACUCCCAGAGCAGAGUAAACUUGACUCUCCGCUGGUCUUUAACGAACGGGACGACGUGGGAAAACGAUUCGGUGCAGAUCUGGGCCGGGCCGAGCUGCUACUCCUCCAUGACCUCUCUUGUCGGGAACGCCGUCGAAGACAAGAAGUACAUCUACGUCAUCUAUGAGAAGGGCCACAAGAAUUGUGUCGAGACCAUCUCCGUGGCCAAAAUCCAACUAUACGGCGGCAGGUAGAGGGUCGGCGUGCUCUGGGAAAGCAAAAAGGAAACAUACGGGACUGUAUUUGUUAAACGUCGCAUGACUUUCAUGCCGGAAAGGUGGCAAUUGUGAUCUGAAUUUGCAACCAGUGAACAGGAAGAUCAUGAAGAUGAAGGAGAAUAUUCCUCCCUUUUAACCCUGAAAGAUAAUCCAGAAUUAUUGGUCCAGAAAACAGCUCAAUCAACCGUCUUCCAAAUAUUACAGACACCUGAAGCGAAGAUUUAAAGCCACAGGAGGUUUAUAGAUUUAUAAUGAUUGAUAAAUAUUGAUUAGUUUUCAAACCUAAUGUUCACCUCGAGAUCAUCUACAACUAGGAACUUUGACACCUUUCUACACCCGGGGUUUCAUCUCACAAGCAUCAAGGGAUAAAGAAAACGUCCGAACAGCACAUUUUGUAUCGUACGACGACCAUGCGACAUUAUCUGAGCAUGUGAACUUCGCUGGAAUGGAUUUAAACUGUCGCAAGAUGUUUAUCAACCCAGGUGUCUUUUAGAAUGAACAGCUAAAUGUACCGUACAUGUUACAAUAGAUUUGAUUUUUACACAUUAUGACCUGGAUAUACAGAGGUGUGUGUGUGGGCAACAUUUAUAAUUAUGGACGAUUUAUAUUUAUUGAUUUAUACUCUUGAGUAAUUGAAGGGUUCAAAGCCUUGUUUGACAAUCUUCUGAUGCAAAUUCCAAAACCUUAACCACUAAGCUCUCCACAGUAGCUAUCCUGUGUGUGUGUGUCUGUGUGUGUGUGUGUGUGUGUGUGUGUGUGUGUGUGUGUGUGUGUGUGUGUGUGUGUGUGUGUGUGUGUGUGUGUGUGUAAUGUAUUAGAAACCACCUAAUAUGAAAAAGAUUUGGCAUCCCUGUGUUUUGGAAUUGGGAGGAACUCAGUACAAACAUAUAGACAGGAUAUGAAGACAUCUCCAAGGUCUUGGAGGAACUCACAACGAUGGUGCCACAUAGUUCUUCUGUCAGAUGUGCAUUUGUAUUCAACAUUAAACCUACAAAAUACAUUUUUCUUUACUCGUAAAUGUUUGAAUUGAUAUCGAAUUUGCAGAUUGAAAGCGUGAGAUCAUUUAGGACGUUUCUCAUGAUUUACUUGUUUGAAUGUUUCUUGAAUGAAUGAAUAGAUUGUCCUGAUCUUCUUGAAAUUGUUUUCACGUAACAGGAAUGAGUGUCAAUAUAUAUAUAGUAUAUUGUGUACACUUGCAGGGUUUUUGCAAGAAUAUGUUAAAGGGAUUUACACAUGAUUGCAAAAGAAGUACAAAUCAUUCAAGCUUAUAUUUUUCGAGGUAAGGUUUUUUGUGAAGGAGACUCAGGGCUGUAAUUUUGCAGCAUGUAGUAAAUAAAGACCGUUUUCUAUGAA